CUUCUUUGGGCUGCUGGGUCGCUGGGUUCGAGGUUAGUUUCUCGGCAGGCGUGCGGGUAUGUUGCUGCGGCCGGUGCGGUUCGUCUGCUCCGACGGGUGUUCUGUGCGCGGGUGUCGGUGAACCUGCCGCGCUCCCUCCGGAUGUGCCUCGUCGGAGAGUGCCCCGACCGACCGAGCGACCAGUGCACAAGCCGGAUUAAGUGGCUGCUGCUCGGAUAAGUGGUCGUCACCAAGUGGCGCACCCGUGCCGGCGCCAUGUCGCCGUUCGAGGACCAGUACGGCACGUCCAAGGCCGGGGGUCAUCCGGACCCCAGAGGAGUGCCGUCGUCUGCUGCCGAAUCUUCGCUAUCGUCCGCUACGUCGUUCGAGGGUGGAGAACGAGUGCGCUGGGAAUAUCACAAUGUGUCCCUGGCUAGGGUCCCCGGCUACGGGUUUGGGAUAGCGGUGAGUGGCGGCCGAGACAACCCUCAUUUUGUCAACGGAGAGCCAUCCAUCGCCAUCUCGGACGUGCUCAGGGCCGGGCCUGCCGAAGGAAAGCUCCAGAUCAACGACCGUGUGAUCAGUGCCAAUGGUUUGCCGCUGGAGAACGUCGACUAUGCCACGGCUGUCCAAGUCCUAAGGGAGUGUGGAAACUCCGUCAACCUGGUCAUCAGGCGCCGUGUGGUGCUUCCCUCCUCUGGUCUGGAACCCCAGACGCUCAGGGUCACACUUACCAAGGCCAAGAAGAAAGACGACUAUGGCAUUGUGCUGGGCUGCCGCAUCUACGUCAAGGAGGUCUCCAACAAGUCAGUGGCCGAAAAGGACGGGGGCGUGCAGGAGGGAGACGUCGUCCUCAAGAUCAACGGCAGCCCGGCGGAGGGGCUGACCCUGAAGGAGGCUCGCAAGCUGCUGGAGGGCAGCAAGGAGCGCCUGCAGCUGGUGCUCAGGAGGGAGGGGCGCUCCUCCGGCGGCCAUCCGGGCACCGACCAGACGGCGCGCUGGUCCUCGGGACACCAGUUCGACGCCAACCAUAAGGAUGCCAGCCCCAACUUUGUGGACGUCACGGGUGCCAGGCCCCACUGGUCCAACCAGAACCUGUAUGUCCAGCCGCCCACGAGAGGAGACUACCGGCCUCCCCCGCCCCCCGAGCGAGCGGACGAGAAGAACAACCUGUCCCGAGGCCAGGCCGGGCGUAACCGUGGCCCGCUCUUGGACAUCUCCCUCAGCCAACUGGACCAGCCCGUGGGCCAGCCGCCCGGUCGGGACGCGGACGGCACCCCGCCCAGGCCGCCUCCCCCGAGAGUCAACGAGUACGGGUCCCGGCGAGACAAGUUUGACGAGGACCCCCUGGCGAGGCGAGGCAAGGCACCGGCGUGCGACCCCCGCUACGUGAGCUUCCAGAAGGAGGGGGGCAGUGUGGGCAUCCGGCUGACAGGGGGCAACCGGGUGGGCAUCUUUGUCACGGCCGUGCAGCCGGGCAGCCCUGCCUCUCUUCAAGGCCUGCAGGCGGGGGACAAGAUCCUUAAGGUGAACAACCUUGACACGCGCGGUAUGACCCGCGAGGAAGCGGUACUGCUGCUGCUCAACCUCCAGGACCAGGUGCACCUGGUGGCACAGUACUGCAGGGACGAAUACGACGAAAUAGUGGCCAGCCAGAAAGGCGAUUCCUUCUACAUCAGGACGCACUUCAGCUACGAGUCUGGGGGCAAGGGGGAGCUGAGCUUCCAUGUGGGGGAGGUGUUCCGGGUGGUGGACACCCUGCACAACGGCACCGUAGGCUCCUGGCUCGUCUUCCGCCUGGGCCGCAACCACCAGGAGAUCCAGAAGGGGGUCAUCCCCAACCGGGCCAGGGCAGAGGAGCUGUCCCAGGCACAGCAGAGCCAGGCCAAAAAGGAAGCGUCUGCCGAGAGCAGCCGGGGCAGCUUCUUCAAGCGCCGCAGUGCCCGCAGGGCCAAGGCGCUCUGCAAGGACCACUGGGAGGACGUCCUGUGCGACGGCCUGUCCAAGUUCCCCGCCUACGAGAGGGUCACCCUCAAACACCCCGGUUUCAUCCGUCCCGUGGUGCUGUUUGGCCCAAUGGCAGACGUGGCUAGGGACAAGCUGCUGAGGGACUAUCCGGACAAGUAUGCCUCGCCACAGCUGGACGGCCACCUGGAGGAGCUUCCCAAGAGCCAGAAGGCGUCGGGCAUCAUCCGGCUCAGUGCCAUCAAGGAGAUUAUAGACAAGAGCAAGCACGCCCUGCUGGACAUCACCCCGAGCGCCGUGGACCGUCUCAACUAUGCCCAGUUCUACCCCGUGGUGGUGUUCAUGCGGGCGGAGAGCAAGCACACGGUCAAGGAGCUGCGGUCGCGGCUGGCACGCACCCCGCACCACAAGAGCGCCCGCAAGCUUUACGACCGGGCACUCAAGCUGGAACGCCUCUGGGGACACAUCUUCACCUCGACGGUGACCCUGACCAGUGCGGACAUGUGGUACAAGAAGCUGAGGGAGACCAUCGAGAAGCAGCAGCAACUCAGCAUCUGGGUCUCGGAGAGCAAGCCGGAAGAGGCCAUCUCUGAUGACUUCCUGUUCCCGAUGACGUCGCGGCUGAGCUACGCGUCGUCCCCGGAGAGCGACCUGGACCUGGCCUGCCCCUCGGAAGGUCGGGCCCUGGGGCCCGAGGACCGGCGCCUCAUGCGUGCCUCCAGCGACCCCAGCGUGGCCACACAGGAGGACGCCUUUGCGGCGCCCCCGCAGCAGCCCCAGCCCGCCCCGCCCCCCUACUCCAGCGCCUCCCCGGGCUCUUCCACAGUCCUACUGCGUGCCCCGAGACCUGAACAAGGCUUGCAUUCCCACCAGAGCAGUCAGGACUAUGGAAGCAGCAAGCGCAACACGUUGACCUCGGAGCAGAGGUACCAGGUGCCAGCAUACUCCGGCCACGAACCUCCCUCCUCCGGCGGCGGGGGACGCCCCGUGGACCAGCAGUACUACGGGCACCUCAACGGCCACGCGGAGGGCUAUCCCUCGGAAGAGCAGUUCCCUCCCGGCACGGGCAGCAGGCUUCACGGCGACCCCCAAGACACGUACGGCAGCAAGCCCCGUCUACUCCCGGAGCCCCCUCCUCAGGUGGACCGGGGGAGCAAGCCACCGCGCUUCUCGAGGAGCGCCCAGGAGCGCCUCUUCGGCUCUCCAGGCCGCGGGGGCGGAGAGCCACCGCCUCAGGGACUGAGCCCAGACUACAUCAACACGGGCAGCCCCCCCAAGUCGGGCUCUUUGGACAGGCCCAACGGGAGGCCCAUGCCCGGCUACGACAGUUCGUCGUACAGCAGCGACUCGUACGGGCGCUACGCCGGCCUUCAUCAGCAGCCGCACCCCACGGCGAACCCCCACGACCCGUACCGCUUCACCCGCAGCACCGCACAGCCCCCCCACGGGGCACGGCCCCCCCCGGGAAGGGGGGGUCCGGCCCCCCUCCACUCGCCCCCCAGGACCGCUCCAGACCGCCAGGCGCCACAGUCACCACCCAAGCCACCCGGCUACCAGCCACGGCUGUCGGACGGACGGCCCGUGCCCCCGCCCAAGCCCGCCCACUACCGGCCGAGGCCGUGGUCCGGCGGGGAGGAGCCCGGGCCGCCCCCGUACUCGUCUCGCGAGGGCAGCAACGGCUACGCGCCCCGGCCGCCCCCGGCGCCCCCCUCGCAGCACCAGCCCAACGGGGGCCCCUACCUCAACCUGCCCCACCCGCCCCGGGCGGGGGUGCCCCCCGCGGGCCUGCUCGACCUGUCCAACCGGGAGCACCGGGGCAGCGCCUUCGAGCUCUACCGCAAGCCCGAGCCCAGGGUGGCUCCCGGCCACGCCCCCUACGGCCCCGCCCACGUGGCGCACGGGGGCCUGCCCGAAUACGCCAACAUCGGCUGCCCGGAGGAGGCGCCCGCCCAGGAGUGCCCCCCCGGCGGAGAGGUGGUGGCCACGGCCAGCGGCGUUUUCGGGGCCGCAGGGGGCUGCCUCAGCUCCCCGGAGACCGGCGUGAGCAUUGUGGUGCCCCAGGGGGCCAUCCCGGAGGGCGUCUCCCAGGAGAUCUUCUUCAAGGUGUGCCGGGACAGCAGCAUGCUGCCCCCGCUCGACAGGGACAAAGGGGAGACACUGCUGAGCCCCCUGGUGAUGUGCGGCCCCCAUGGGCUCAAGUUCCGGCUGCCCGUGGAGCUGAGGCUACCCCACUGUGCCGCCCUCAACCCGGAGAGCUGGUCCUUCGCGCUCAAGUCCAGCGACACGCCCGACGGAAAACCAGCAGAAUGGCAAAAUGUGUCGCUCGACAACAUGGAAGGAGUCAUGUCAAGCCACGUGGAGGAGAACUAUGUGUCUGUCCUAGUGGACCACUUUUAGCGUAAACCAAAGAAAAAAUGCUCGGCCAGAGGACCAAGGCACACAACCACGACGCCAUGCCAGCAGCUGGCCCAGGAUAAGGAAACCUGACUUAUCAUCUUGCAUGCAAAGGAGGGCCCAAUAUUUAUUAAUGGCUUUGUUUGACAUUGUGCCUCAGAGUGUGUGCUCCCAGGAUGACCAAUGACAAUUUAUGCAGUGCCUCAUAAAUAAAUGCCUUCUGUAGUAUAGAAAGACAAACCUAUUUUUGUAGGUCUCUAUGAGGCAUCGUAAGGCACAGAACAAACUUAAAAACAUUUACAUACCAUUUUUUUUUACUGUUUGAGAGGGGAUUUACACGUGAGCUGUGCAAUUAAGUUCAAGUUAUUUUUGUGUGUGAUUACUCAGUUACAAUUGAUGCCUUUGUUGUGUCAAAUGCAAUAAAAAAUGUGACCACUUCA